UAUGUCGUCUAGUUUAUGACUGUUGAUUAGUUUGUUGGGGCGGUGUUUUGAUUGAUUUUGUGGUGUAUUCAAUGGCUGUUGAAUAUUUUGUAUAAGAGUGCUGUCACCAGAAAGUUCUCAAUAAUUUACUGGUGACAUGUUGAUUUAAAGAAAAUGUAUAGUGGGUUAGAAAGUAUUUGGAGAAAGUUUUGAUGUAGGAGGAGUGGCAGGAAGAUAAACACGAUCAUUGAUGGGCUGGAAAGGCAAGUCACAGGACAGAGAGUAACACGUGAGCAAUAUCAAUGAACUCUGGCUGAAAGCUGUGUGUUGCAAGAAAAUGAAAUUAUUGGCAGAUUGAAUGGGUUUGGGUCCGAAGUUGAUUGAGUUUGGGUGGGCCAUUCUGCUGGGCUCACGAGGAGUUGACUUGCCACACAUAAGCAGUCGACUUGAGACCCUAACCACAGCCCGCACCCUCCAGCCCCUGGAAGCCGUCGCUGACACAGAUAUUGCUGCUUUCCUUAGAAAUGAGCGUGAGAACGCCAUCAUCACGGCUAUUGAGGACUCCAAGCGGCGGACAAGUGAAGAAGUUGACAAGUUAUACUGGAAGCAGCAACAAGCUGAGUGGGAGCAGAAAAAACAGGACCUGCUCUCAGCUUUCACUCACUCGGGAACGGACCUCCUCAACAUUACGGUUCAGCAACAGGAUAGCAUUGUUUGUGUACCACGAAAUGUGGGAGGAACAAGCAGUAGUCUCAGCAGUGAAGAAAUGGCUUACGUCAGGGUCAUCCGUGAAUACAAUGAAGAGGUGCUUCAAGGGGGAAUACGACCCAACUUGGCAGAUUCACUUACCAAUGCUGCUUCAACCAUGAGUGAUCAGGGUAUAUCAGAUUUAUGGGCUCUGGUACAGUGCCUAAGUGAGGUACCCGUGAGUGUAGGCGGUGAUGCAGCACAAGCUCGGGCUUCUCCCAGGGUACAAGCUGCACUCGUAAAGCAGGCUCGUGGCCAUUUGGAGAAGUCUUAUGCUACCCACAUGAGGCGCAUGGUUUACUCCCACCUGGAGCGUGCACAGCUGGGAGGAGUUCCUGGCCUGGUUCCUCUAGUUCGGGCAUUCUUAGAGGUAGUCUUGCCUCCUCAGGUUGCCACUACUUUGGAGGAUGGCCAGGCUAACAAUGCACCAGUUUGGCCUCUCAUCUUCUACUGCAUGAGAGCUGGAGGAAGCAAAGCUGCUUGCCUUGCUGCUGCAGAAAACAGUUCUCCGUCAGUUGUAGAAAUUGUGACAGCCCUGGAACAGUACGAGAAGAAUGACUCAGGUCGCUUGCCACCAGAUCUGGAGAAAAAGCUGAGGAUGUCAUACAAGAGAGCUGUUAAGAAUUCCUCCGACCCAUUUAAACGAGCUGUUUACUGUGUAUUGAGUCGCUGUGACCCACAUGAGGACCAUAAUGACAUUGCUGCUACUACCGAUGACUACCUGUGGCUUAAACUGUGUGUGGUGGAUUGCGACACAUCUCCCUCUGCAUCAACAUCUAGCAGUAGUAGUGCUCAGCAGGAUAUUCUCUCUCUCACACACCUUCAGAAUCUUCUUUAUGAACAAUAUGGAGAAACCCACUUUAAUGCAUGGAAUCAACCACUUCUCUAUACAACAAUUCUGCUACAAACCGGCCAGUUUGAGGCUGCUGUAGAAUUUUUGAGCCGUAAAGAAGCCUUGAGAUGUCAUGCUGUUCACGUGGCCCUUGCACUACAUGAAAUGAAUCUUUUAGCUUUACCUGCUGAAGUCCAUGCUCCAAUGUUAUCACGUGAAGAUGGUGAUCCUGAAGGAGUACGUCGGUUAAACCUGACCCGACUCAUUCUAUUGUAUACUCGCAAGUUUGAGGCCACUGAUCCAUGUGAAGCACUACACUACUGCUUUUUCCUAAGAUCACUAAAAGGGAAAAACGGAGAGAACAUGUUCGCAGGUUGCAUUAGUCAGCUGGUUCUCAACUCCCGGGAAUUUGAUCUUUUGCUUGGACGUUUGGAACCAGAUGGUCGUCGUACACCGGGCAUCAUUGAUAAAUUCAAGGUUGAUGUGAGUGAGGUAACACAAAUGGUGGCUCAAGACUCGGAAAAGAAAGGUCUGCACGAAGAUGCAGUCAAGCUUUAUGAUUUGGCAAAGAAUCAUGAGAAAGUAGUGUCACUGCUGAAUCAGCUGCUGAGUCAAGUGGUGCACCAGACUGAAGGUGGCAGUGGUAGUCAACGUGGACGUGUUGUUGAGUUGGCCACUGCUGUAGCACUCCGCUUCAAGACCCAUGGUCACAAGACCCAUCCCAAUAAUGCUGCUACAUUGCAUCUUCUCUUGGAUCUUACUACUUUCUUUGAUUUGUACCACAAAGAAAGAUAUAUGGAUGCUCUUGAGGUUUUGAAAAAGCUACGUAUUAUAGCCUUGAGUCGAGACGAAGUAGAGACACGUGUUGCUGGAGUGAGCGCUCAAGGAAGUGAAGUGCGCAGUGUUCUCCCUCAUGUUCUACUAGCAGCCAUGACCACAACGCAUCGAUUGUAUCGCAUGCCUGUCCACCCACAGACUCCUCAAACUUCUUUCAAUGCAUCUACUACAGUAAUUUCUCCAGCUGCCAAGCAUCUUCAAGAGCAAGCUCGUGCCAUCGUCACGUUUGCUGGUAUGAUUCCCAUGAGAUUGCAUUCAGAGAUAAAUGCACGUCUUGUCCAGCUGGAGGCUGUAAUUAAUUAGCAUUUGGUUAUAUUUAUCAAUUAAACUUUUUCCAUGUACAGUAUUUUUGAAAACUUAAAAGCUAUAAAGUUUUAGGAGUUUGGUGGUAAUGCAUAGUAAAGGUAUUGUAAUAAGUGUUUUGUAUUAUUUGCAUCAUAGGUUUUUCAUGUGAAGCCUCCAUUUUUCAGAAAAAUAAGGGAUUAACUCCUGAACUUUGUCAAACUUUAACAUCAAGUAUAUUAUGUCUUCACUUUUUGGCUUCUUUAUAACUAACUAGAAGAUUGGUAACUUACAGGUUGCACUACCCAUAUUUGUGGUUAGGGUAAUUUUGUGCAAAAUUAAGAACUCGUGAAUCCCAUUUAUGCAAAGAACAUGUAGUUUAAAUUUACAACCUUAAAAUUACUGUAUCACUAUAUUAACAGUGGAAUCACUUGGCGCCAGUCAAAAAUUUGUAUAACUUUUUUUAA